UGACCAAUUUUUGGACGGAAAUCCAAAACUUAGAAGAGGAAAAAAAUGCUAUUCGAACUGCCUUAUUGGGGCACCUCAACGUAUUUGGGAAAAUGCUUACACAAUAUGCAAAUAGAAUUGAAAGUACAAAUUUACCAACUAAUUUUCAUUAUCAACCAGAAGUGCAACAAGAAUUACGAGAAUCUAGUGCAGAGUUUAAUACAAUGCGAAUUGAAAAUCAGGACUACCAUGAAAACUACAGUAGACUAUUAAACAAUAACAUCGAUAUUAUAACCAAUAUUACAGAUGAUUAUUUACAAGAAGCAGUGGAGUUUAUGGUUAGAAAAGUAGGAAGUGGAAUAUUGAAAGUGGAUAAUGUAAAUUUGGAAGAAAUUUUCGAAAAAUACCACGAUGAGUGUAAAAGUGGAUUUGAUUUAUGCCAUAAUGAUAUUAUGGAUUUGAGACCUACUUCACAGUUAACAAAAAUUAUUCCUGAAGCGACGUGGGAAAAAUUUAUCUUGGAUUCAUAUCCUAAUCAUAAAAUAUUGGAAAAAUGGGAAGAAUUAAUUCAAAAAAAUAGUGAAGAUCUGGUGAUAAAGGAUACAUUAUACAAUAUACUCUCUCCAUACGUUGAAGCUUUUAAAGCACCAUUUAAUAUAAUAAAGUCUGGUGAUCUGAAAGAAAAACAAUAUAGUUCACAAUUUAUGAAUUCCAUUUUGAAAAAUACGCUCAAUACUAUUUGUAGUAUAGAUUGGAGAAUCCUCGAGGUUCCAAUCAGAAGUAGCAAAUAUCGAUGCAAUUCUAAUAUCGACCUAUUCGUUAAUACAGUUUUGAGUGCAAAACGUACGGAUGGCCUGACACGACAAUGGCAGAUCCAGAAAGAAACAUUCGUGUAUAAACAAACAGGAGGACCAGAUGUUGAUGAUGUUACCAAUUUUUACGUUCACGAUUACAAAUUGGUGCGAACCAUGCAUGAUAUAUUGAAUCAACGAAUUAUUCUUCAGCUCAAUGAUGGUGUAAAAGAUUGCAACAACUUGGCUAAUUUUGGUGCUCUGGGCAUCUCUUUCAUGAAAGAAAACACAAGAAUCGAGUCGCGUGCUGAACAAAAAAUGAAAUUGCUUUCCAAGCGAAAGAUUCAUACAGUGAUGCUAAAUCUACCAACUCCUAAUAGAACAAAAAAACAAACAAGAAGACAAAAGAAUUAG